UUCUAAACGGGAAACCCUCGGGCUGGAUUGUGUCCUGUUUCGGAUGAGCGCAAAAACCGUUCUCCCUCCUUCUCUCUGAGUCUCUCCGACGGACGCGCGUACCGGCGCUGUUCUCUCUCUCUUUGCGGUGAAGGCUGCCACUCUCGCCGGCGAGCUCCGAUGAUAUAACUGCAUGGACAAUUCAGCCUUUCUCAGUGCAUUGUGUGAUAUCAUCCUCUGGUGUUCUACUUACGCCAUAGUUGUCGUCCAGCGCUCUCUUUGCUUCCUCGCCUUCGCGAAUCGUCGCCACUGAUCCCAACAUGGGUUAUGCGCAGCUCGUGAUCGGCCCUGCCGGGAGUGGGAAGUCGACAUACUGUGCCAGUUUGCAGCAGCAUUGUGAAGCAAUCGGGCGAACAGUCCAUAUUGUGAACCUUGAUCCUGCAGCUGAGAAUUUCAAUUAUCCUGUUUCUAUGGAUAUCAGGGAGCUUAUUACCUUGGAGGAUGUUAUGGAGACGAUGGGCUUGGGCCCAAAUGGAGCUCUUAUAUACUGCAUGGAGCACCUGGAAGACAAUCUGGAUGAUUGGUUGGAAGAAGAACUAGAGAACUACUUGGACGAUGACUACCUUGUUUUUGAUUGCCCAGGUCAGAUGGAACUAUUUUCUCAUGUUCCUGUCCUACGGAAUUUUGUGGACCAUCUAAAACGCAAGAAUUUCAACAUAUGUGCUGUAUACCUACUUGACUCUCAGUUCAUGACUGAUGUGACCAAGUAUAUAAGUGGUUGUAUGGCAUCCCUUUCAGCAAUGAUUCAACUCGAAAUCCCUCAUGUUAAUAUUCUUUCUAAGAUGGAUCUUGUGAAGAACAAAAAAGGCCUUGAAGAUUAUCUUAACCCGGACCCAAAGAUUUUGUUGUCAGAGUUAAAUCAGAAUAUGGCUCCGAAGUUUGCAAAGUUGAACAAAACGUUGGCUGAGUUGGUGGAUGACUACAGCAUGGUGAAUUUCUUGCCCCUGGAUUUGAGAAAGGAAAGCAGUAUCCAGUACGUCUUGUCAUAUAUAGACAAUUCAAUCCAAUUUGGAGAAGAUGCAGAUGUGAAGAUUAGGGAUUUUGAUCCAGAUGAUAUCGAUAUGGAUGCCCCAGAUAUUGAUGAUUAGCUAGUAGAACGAUAAUUUACCAGUAGGAAGUAAAUGAUCAGUAUUAGUCCCGUGAAUAUAUCUUGGAUUUUGACGGGCUCAGUUAUGGCAAUUGGCUGUACAUAUGUUGCGGUUACGGGUAUUAAGGAGCCAAGACUCGGAGUUUGGUUCUAUAUGCUUGGUUUAUUGAGAAAUAUCCGUUGCAAAUCAGGUUAGAGUUUGCCUGGUCUGUGCUGCAAACUUUUGUACUUGGUUGGUCACGGCUUUCGUAUGGUGUUGACUUGAAACCUUAUCAAAAAUACAAUAUUGUUGUUCAUUGUCUUUC